GUAGAUAUUCGCUCAUUCGUUCGUCCUUGUCUCCAGAUAUUUGAAGCUGAAACUCCCCUUCGAUCUGACAUUGGCUCUUUCACCGAACCAACAUCAACCACGAGCAAUCAUGGCACGCAAAAUCAUUAUAGAUACGGACCCGGGCGUUGAUGAUAUUCUGGCAAUGCUACUGGCCUUCUCCGCUUUACCCGAAGAACUCGAAGUCCUGCUCAUCUCCGUCACAUACGGCAACAUUGAUCUCCAAAACUGCCUCCGAAAUGUCGUCUCCCUGUUCCGCCAGAUCGAAAAGGAGAUUGAGUUCAGAAAGUCUCAAGGCAAGCCAUUGGGGUUUGACACUCUGCGAAAGACCAAGCCACUCGUUGCUGUUGGUCCGGAGAAGCCCUUGGCCGAUCAGAUCCUGAUGGCAGAUUUCUUUCAUGGACGCGAUGGGUUGGCUGGGAUUCAUGAAACUCACCCUCACUUGACGCCAGACGAGACCUGGAAGCAACUCUUCACCCAAUCCGAAAAGUCAAAAGAUGUAGCGGACCGGGAAGUGGCCGAAGAGUUACAAAAUGCUCAUGCUCUAUUUCAAGCGUCCAAACUUCCAGGGCAUGAGGAAAUACUUCGCUUACUCCGCGAAAAUGAACCCGACACCAUUACCAUCGUGGCGGUUGGACCUCUUACAAAUCUCGCGAUCGCAGCAUCAUCCGACCCAGAGACUUUUCUGCGAGUGAAGGAAGUGGUGGUGAUGGGCGGUAAUGUCGAUGAGAAGGGUAAUAUGACCCCUGUUGCUGAAUUCAACACCUUCGCCGACACUAUCGCCGCAGCGCGCGUCUAUGCCCUUACCUCUCCAACUCCAAGUAGCACGAUGCCACCCAUACCUCCACCACCUCCCGGGAAACCGACGGACUCUCAUCCGCCACCCUAUCUCGGUCCUUAUCCGAAGUCUCUAUCUCAACAACUUCGAGUCGUCCUUUUCCCGCUGGAUAUCACAAACUACCACCUCCUCGCUCGUGGCGAAUUCCGUUCCCUCAUCACGCCAAUCGUGGAGUCAAAUUCUCCUCUCGGAGAGUGGGUCUCGAUCUUUAUGAACUCGACCUUCGACAAGGUCGAAACCCUGCAAACAGACGUCUCGGGCGACGACGUUGCUCUCCAGCUCCACGAUCCGUUGUGCAUAUGGUACUGCAUGGCGAUUGCCGGCUCUGGAUCGAACAACUUCCCAGAACACUGGAAGAUCCUUGAGGAUGAAGACCUCCGAGUGGAGACAGCGGGUCAGUGGACGAGAGGGAUGUGCGUCAUCGAUCGCAGGGCGAGGAGAAAGAGGGAUGUGGGCGACGCGGAGGGUGAAAGGCCAGAUGAUAUCGGCAAUUGGUUGAGUUUGAACGCAGGCAAUCGGAUGGGAAGAUGUUUGGAGAGUCCGGGCAAGGAUAGGUUUGGCCGGUUCUUGAUUGAGAGGGUGUUUGGGCUGGAGUGA